AUGGUCCCCCGUCGUCGGUUUAGUCGCCGGCUGCUGGCCCUAGCAACCGCCCUCGUGGUCUUCUUCAUCUACCACUUCUUCACCCUCGAGAAUCGCCCGUGGCGACCGCACUUCAACGAGAUCACCCCCGACCUAGAUGAACAUGGGGAACCCGCCCCAUUCUGUCCCCCAUUACCGGGCAUCGAGGAUGUCCUGGUCGUUAUGAAGACCGGAGUGACCGAAGCGCGCGAGAAGGUCCCCGUGCACUUCCAAACGACGCUCCGCUGCAUCCCCAACUACGUAAUCUACUCUGAUUUCGAAGAAGAGAUCGAAGGCGUCCAAAUCCACGAUGUCCUCCGCGAAAUGGACACGGCCGCGAAACAAAACCCGGACUUCCAAUUCUAUAACCGCAUCGUCAAAUACGGUCGCAAGGGUCUGGAGCAGCAGGACUUUGCGGACGAGGCCAACUCCGCCAUCGGCAAACCCAACAACCCAGGCUGGAAACUGGAUAAAUGGAAAUUCCUCCCGAUGGCCCAGGCAGCACUGCGACACAAGUCCAACGCGAAAUGGUUCAUCUUCAUUGAAGCAGACACCUACGUCUCUUGGCCCACGAUCCUCGCCUGGCUAGCCCGCUUCGACCACACCAAGCCCCAGUAUCUCGGCACCGAGACCCAGAUCGCAGACGUCAUCUUCGCCCACGGAGGGUCCGGCUUCAUGCUCUCCAACCCAGCUCUACAGCGCGCCUCGGACGAAUACACCGCCCGCGAAGUCGAGCUGAACGCAUACACAGACGGACACUGGGCAGGAGACUGUGUGUUGGGCAAAGUUCUCGCCGACGCCGGAGUAAAUCUACACUUCACGUGGCCGAUUCUGCAAAACUCCAACAUAGGCGAACUGGACGAGUUCACAGUCGACUUCUACCGCCAUCCCUGGUGCUUUAUCGCCGUUGCCCUGCACCACCUCUCCCCAACCGACAUUGAGAACCUCUGGAACUUUGAACAAAAGCGCUGGCGUAAUAAAAACAAACGUAUCCUCCUCCACGGCGACCUCUUCCGCGAAUUCAUAUACCAAGAAAUAAUCACCCAACCCACCCGCCUAAACUGGGAUAACCUAGCAUCCGACGAACAACCCUUCGCGCAUUCCUUCGAGGAUUGCCGGAUCCUCUGCGACGCGCAGAAAACCUGCGCGCAAUUCACAUUCCGGGACAACAAGUGUUUCACGAGUGCGAAUCCCCGUCUUGGAAAUGCCGCUUCGGAUGCUACAUCUGGGUGGGUUACUGGACGGAUUCGGGAAUUGACUGAGAAGAAGGGGAUGUGUCGGAAGCCUGAUUUUGGGGACUAA